AUGACGGUAGACGCCCCGUAUGAUAUCCUCAUUGUUGGAGCGGGGAUCUUCGGUGUCAGUACGGCCUACCAUCUCUCGCUCCAAUCGCCGCAGCCACGCAUCCUCCUCCUCGAUCGCAGUCCAGCCCCUCCGCCCCCUGCAGCCUCUACUGAUAUCAAUAAGAUUAUCCGCGCAGACUACUCCAACCCGCUCUACAUGACCCUCGGAUUCGAGGCCCUCGACGCCUGGAAAUCCCUCCCCAGCUUCCAAGCCGCCGGGGUCCACCAUCCGUCUGGAUGGAUCUGCAUGGACGAGAAAGACAGCGACACCGCCGUCCGCGUUCGUCAGAAUUUCCACCGCGCCGGUCGCGAUGACUGCGUCGUCGACAUGACGGAGGCGGAAGUCCGCGAAGCGUGGGGCGGACUGCUCCAACAGACCGACUGCUCGCCGUUCGGGUCCUACUACUUCAACCCCUCCGCGGGCUGGACCGAUGCAGGCAAGGCGCUGCAGAUCCUGACGCAGGAGGCCGUCCAGCGGGGCGUCCGGUUUGAACUCGGCGAGGCGCGUCGCAUCACACGGGACGACACCGGCGCGCUCGGCGUGAAAACCGCCGACGGGACGGUCUACACGGCCAGCCAGAUCGUUCUGGCGACCAGCGCGUGGACGAGUCAGCUCAUGUCGUCCAUCGAGGAUGAGCUCGAUCUCCCCGAGGCGGACCGGGUCGAGCGACAGAUCACCGCGGCAGGGGUGUGCGUGUCGCAUUUCCGUCUGUCGCCCGCAGAGCACGAGCACUACGCACGGCUGCCGGUCUUCGUUUACGGGGGACAGGGUGAGGUGAUUCCACCCACGGCAGACGGGAUCCUCAAGUUUACGACGGCCUCCUCUUUCACCAACACCAUCCGCACCGCAUCAGGACUCGAGAUUUCUGUGCCGGUCUCCGAUCAGUUGACAGUCCCAGAGAAGAUGCAGGAGGCGCACCUGAAGGAAAUCCGACCCCGACUGCCCGAAUUUCUCGACCGCGGACGUCGCCAGCCCGAGUGGUAUCGCCUCUGCUGGGACGCCAUCUCCCCCAGCCAGCAUCCGCUGAUCACUCGGCAUCCCGACUCUCGGCUAGCCAACCUUUAUCUCGCCGUGGGAGGCUCAUUCCACAGCUACAAGUUUCUCCCCACGAUCGGGCGGUAUGUGGUGAACGUGCUGCAAGGGGUGAGCAACGGGCCCGAGAAAGACGAGGCGUGGGCGUGGAAGACAAUCCAGCCGAGCGAAAAGGGCGUGCAUGAGAAAUUGAUUCCUACCACGGAGUAUCGAGACUUGGUGUGA